CAAAUAAGAAUUAUUUUUGUGCAGAAUAAUAUGGGAUAAAUACGUGUGAUAAUUUUCUAUGUGGAAUUUUAAGUGGACAUAUAUAAAUCAUAAUACCUAAUAAAUUAUCUGGCCGGCAAAAACUCCAAUCAUGGACGAAGAUAAAUUCGCUUUAGUAGAAAAAAUACUCAAAGAUGUCGAUAACAUCCUGUCGAAGAACGCUGACUUGUGCUCGUUCGACAUCGUGCCCGUGGACUGCAAUUUUCAAAAUAAAUCACCAGUUUUGCUUUUGGAAAACUGUCUGGGUUUGGAAUCCUGGUGCAUGAAGCAUGUUUACAUGUACUGUUACUCGGAAUUAAUGGAUAAGUACUUUGUAAAGCCAAAACGAAAAGUUGCCAAAUCAUCCGUCAACUCUGAGCGGUUAGAGAAGCUGCUUAAUGUGACGCUACUUUUAAAUCCAGAACUGAGUACCUUCUGGAACAAGCGGAAGGAACUUGUACUGAGGUUACUGCUGGAUAAGACUGCUGAGCUGCGAUUUACUAAAUUAGUUCUGUCAAGGAAGCCAAAGUGUAAUGAUGCAUUUUCUCAUCGGAGAUGGUUAUUGGAAGCUAUUUUAAAAGAUGAAUGUCUGCAAACAAAUGACAUUGAGUUGUUAAUCAAUGAAGAACUCCACAUUUGCCAGUUAUCUUCAGACAGGAGUCCAAACAACUACCACAGCUGGAAUCAUCGGACCUGGCUACUCCAAACGCUUAAACUAGUUGAGAGAAAAAUUGAUCUUAAUUUUCUGUAUGUCAAAGAAUACAAUUUCUCUGAAGGAUGGGUGUCAAAACACAUUUCCGAUUUCAGUUGCUUCCAUUACAGACAAUUCUGCAUUAAGAAUAUUUUUGCUAUACCAAAUGAUCAUUGGAAGUCAUUUGAGGCUGCUAUAGACGUGAAUCUUCGUAAAAGUUUUGUUAGAGUAUUAGCAACGCAUUUUCCUGAAGAUGCAACCAUGCAAGCUUCUGAAAGGGAUUUACUUUCAUACUCCGAAGACAGUCUUAUUAAGUUACUUUUAUGUUAUUCUUCGAAGAGUUGCGAUUGCAUUGCAGAUAAUGCUCUUUUGUGUCGAAAGUUGGAGAUUUUGUUCCAUGAACUUGUUUUGAAUAAUGAGUUAGUGAGAUUUUAUAAAGGUCAUGAGACGCUUUGGUAUCAUCGGAGAUUUAUAAUACACGAAAUAUUGUCUUCCAUGCAUGAUCAUUUUGGGGUGGUUAGAUUAAAUGGGGUAUUAGUGAAGGAUGUAUGUAGAAAUUGUAAUCAUGACGAAUUAAGGCAGAAACAGGCAAAAAUUGUGAGGUAUGACAGUAAUCGCAUAUAUUCUUGUGUGCUGUUUAAUGUAUUAUCAAAGCAUGAGCACGAAUUUAUUGAAGAGAGACAAAAGGAAUCUGACAAUUAUGCUGGUAGACAUGAGAAGUAUUUAAAGUUUGUUGAAGGUCUCAAUAAUGUUAUGUAGGUUUUAAAAUAUUGCCAAUACGGGUGGAAAAAUUACAAAAUUAACAAAUUGGCUAGUAAUUGUGUUUGGCAUUUUAAAGUUGAAAAGCCUCAGGCAAUUAUUGUCUUUGUUUUCAGUCAUUUUUGUAAAAAUGGUUUACAUACCCUAUUUCCAAAUAUAUGUCAUGUAUAUAUUAUGUAUGUACAUUCUUAUUUGGGAAAAGAAACAUUCUCAUAGUAAGGAAAAAAUAUGUUUAUAACCAAUUUUAUCCUAUAGCAUUGUAAACUUGCAUGUGAUUUAUAAAUAAAUAAUAAAUAAUAAUAAAUAAUAAAGGUUCCUCAUAUAUUAUGUAUUUAAGAUUAAUAGUAAUGGAAUUAUGAUAUGCAUUUGUACAUAUGGUUUUAAUUAGAUUUAGUAUUUUAUUUUUACUAAACAUCACAAAUCAUCAGCUUUAUUUAUAUGAUAUGGUAAUACCUACAUUUUAUAUACCUACAUAUAAAAAAAAAAAAAAAAAAAGAUAUUUAUUUACCAACACAGCACAAAAUGGACAUGUAAGGACUUAUAAAAACUUAGUAAGUAAAAUUACAGAUGUGUGUGCAGUAAAAUGGAUGAGACUCAGAGAGACCGCUGAUUUUCAGUCCCCAACCAAUAAACUUAAAUUUAAUACUUAACUAAAUAACUAGCUUACUAGCUAACCCAUAUAGCUAAUAUGUGCUUGUACAGUCGAGUUCAUAAAUAUGUGUACAUUUCUUCACCUUAACUGUAUGCAAUAAGGUGAACAAAUGUACACAUUCAUGAACUCAACUGUACUCAAUAGAUUUUUAACUUUUGUGCGCCAAAAUAUUUGUGGUAACCACUAAGAACAUCGUAUUAUAACAGGUAAAGUGGUAUUUUAUCAUUUUUUUUAUUACACGACUUGAUAUUAUGAAAUGUG